GCUCGAUAUUUUCAAUAUCAUGGCCACCAUGUGGUCAAGAAAACUAUCAAGGUUACAAAAAAAUACGACCUGCUUUCGAAGAAUUGCUCUCAGGGGUGUUUCCAUAGCAUCUUUAGAAGAACAUAACUCUGAAGAUGAAAAGGCAACUUAUCCAUUCAUCAAACCUCGCAUACCUCCGGGGAAAUGGGGUGACAUGGAGCCGAGAGUGGCAUGGGAAUGGUAUGAUUGUAGACAAGAAUUUAUGAUGUUGCCAACAAUAGAAGAAAGGAUACGCCUUAUGGAUACAAAAUACUGCGAAGACAAAUACUGUUAUAAAUACUGGAAUUAUCCCUUAUUGAACAGAACCCCAGGAAAUUUGAAAUAUCAACAAAUCAUGACAAAAACUGUUUUGGAAGAAGUUCCAAAUCUGAAAGACAGAAUUCAUAGUUUAGAUAAAAUAAACAUUGAAGAAGUGACCAAAGUAAAACACAUUCUAGGCCCAAUUGUGAUGGAUAUUCUAACAGAAGAACUUACACAGCUGGAUCGCAGACAUGCCAAACCUGUUUUGGGAUAUAACAAUGAACAAGUCACGGAAGAUAAACACCCAGACAUUAUUGUAAAAAGAUUACUGUAUGUUAUAUCAACUGUUUUAGGGAAUCAGUACCCUCAUCUUUCUGAAAUGCAGAUAACAGAAAAUGUAGAAUUAGCAGCCCACUGGAAUAAGUAUGGAAUAAAGAGAAUCAAUCCACCCAAUGUCAUAAGGAGACGGCACCAUAUUCAUAACCAAUUUGAAAUGAAGACACUUCAUAGAAAGCGUACCCCAUUUGAACUUCAGUUGAAUUCAAGAGUGUAUGCUAAUGGAAGGGUUAGCUUCAUGGUCAGGAGUGAAAAUCCUCUUCCAGAAUUUGCAGAUGUUCAGGAAUCAGAGUUUGACGAGGAUAAACUGAAGGAGGACAGACUGAUUUAUCACGAGAACAAAAAAAUGGAGGAGGAACAGAAAGCGAAGACAUCCAGCACAGAUGUAAAGGGGGGCAACUCAGAGCCACCCAGCAGGCACCUGUAUCCCAAGUCUUACGGGGCUUCGUUUGGGGAUGAACUCAUCACUGUUAAUCCAGGAUUUAAUUUAGGAGAUCCUGCUCAGUUUGGUUACAUGUUUAUACAAAAUACAAACAAGAGGAAACUUCACAAGAUGGAAGAAGAUUAUGGGGAGAGAUACGCAGCAGAAGCCAGGAUAGGCUGGGGGAUGAGUACUGGGUUUGUCUGGAAUGUGGCCCAAGCACACUACCAAGGAUUCAACAGCUUCAUAGAUAUAACUUAUCCUUUUACGAAUUUCGGAAUUUUGACGGAUGGACGAAAGUUUCAGUUUUUUGCCAAUCAGCUUAACACCUUGCACCUUUGGAAAAACACAGAGGCAAACCCCAUCCAUAAUGUGUGUUGGUACACCCCAGAAAUGGCUUUAUACGAAACAUUUGAAGACAACAAAAUUCUGGGCUUUGAUCAAACAGUUUUAGAACAGUUAAUCAACUUCUUGUUAUGUCAACCACAAGAGAGAGAGUAUGACAUCAAACCCACACUUCCUGCAGAUUCUCCAGACAAAGUGAAAAUAGAGCAAUGGAUCAAUCUCAAAGUCAAAACUGAAAAAGAGGAGGAAGAGGUGGUGUAUGAUGAAUCACAACUACUGAUUCAUUGAAUAACUAAUGGAACAAUUAAUGAAAUAACUGACAUAUCCUAUCCUGGAUAGUUAUCUGAAUAUCAGAAGGACUAAUAUUUUACUCCUUUAUAACUAGCAUUAUAUAAAUUAUAUGGCAUGAAUUGCAAAGAUACAGAGGAAGGAGUGACAUCUUUGAUCUGUUGGAUUUCUGAUCGUUGAGACAUAGUAAAGAAUGUUUAGUAAUUAUGAAUGAGUGUGUAUAAAUUUCUCCAAGGUGAUGGAGAAAAAUAAAUCAUAGAUUUAAAUGUG